UUAUAUAAAAGAAAGCGCGUUACAUUACAUGCAUCGCCUAAAAAUAUUAAUUUAUUACACAUGCAUGAUAUUUUAGUAUAUUAUUACGUGGUGGGUGCCAUUGUUUUUCUUUUCAUUGUUCACAACAUUCCAUUCACAUUUCAAAUUUUUCUUUUCAUUAUUGUUCACAACACUUCAUUCACAUUUCAAACUUCAAACUUCAAACUUAAGAUGGGAGAAACUGCAAAAAGGUAUGCAGUGGUGACUGGAGCAAACAAAGGAAUUGGGUUUGAAAUAGUUAAGCAAUUAGCUUCAGCUGGAAUCAAAGUGGUGCUUACAGCAAGAGAUGAGAAAAGAGGUCUUCAUGCUUUGCAAACACUCAAAGCCUAUGGUUUAUCUGAUUUUGUUGCCUUUCAUCAACUAGAUGUGGCUGAUGAUGCAAGUGUAGCCUCUCUUGCAGAUUUUGUCAAAUCACAAUUUGGCAAACUUGAUAUUUUGGCAUUGUCAAAUGAUAAUAGAAGAAAGGCAAUGACUCAAACAUAUGAGUUAGCUGAAGAAUGCUUGCAAACAAAUUAUUAUGGAGCAAAAAUAACUACUGAAUCACUUCUACCCCUCCUUCAGUUAUCUGAUUCACCAAGAAUUGUGAAUGUAUCAUCCACUUUGGGGCAGUUAGAGAGUAUACCAGAUGGAUGGCCAAAACGCUUCUUCAGUGAAGCCGAUAACCUUACAGAAGAGAAAGUAGAUGAAGUAUUAAAGAAGUUUCUAGAAGAUUUCAAAAACGGUUUAUUAGAUUAUGACAAUGGCUGGCCUAAGACUUUGGGAGCUUAUAUCAUCUCUAAAGCUGCUAUGAAUGCAUAUACAAGAAUUCUUGCUAAAAAAUUUCCUACUAUAUGCAUCAAUAGUGUUUGCCCUGGUUAUACCAUAACAGAUAUAACUGCCAAUAACGGUUUGUUAACGGUUGAAGAAGGUGCUGUUAGUGUUGUGAAGCUAGCACUAAUUCCAAAUGGUGGUACUUCUGGCAUGUUCUUUUACCGGACUGAAGUGUCUUCCUUUUGAUUAGUACUCAAAUUUUAUUGAUUAUUGGAUAAACAGUUUAAUUGAGCGUUUAUAACAUAAGUGUUUAUAACUCUACAUUGGUUACCAUUACUAAUAUUGAUGUAGUAACAUAUACUACUAAUUCUGUGUAUUAAGCCUAUUUUAAGCACUUUGAAUGAUGCUGUAUGUGUAUUAAAACUAAUAGGUAUAUUCAGGUUAAUUUAAUUAAGUAUCAUGGGUUAAGUGAACACUGGCCCAAAUAUGAUUACAUGUUUAGUUA